ACGUCACGAAUAGAAAUGCUUACCGACUACAGAGCUUACAGUCUACUUUUUCUAUCAAACAUUUUGCAAAGCUUCGCGUUGUGGUAUUUAAUUCGCCCACACUACGUUGGUCCAGCGAGACAAGUGAUGACAUAAAACAAUUGAUAAAAAAUACAUGAUAUGUCUGUUGAGUGAUGGAUUAUGUCUACUGAUGGGGUCGUGUUAAAAGUGAUUUCGCAAUACAAAAUUGCUGGCAGUGCACAAAAUUUGGUGAAACGGUGCAGAACGGUAUCCGCGUGUUUCAGCAGUUUUACAAUGACAAAAAACUGGAAAAGUCUCCACUUGGUGGUGUCAUUGUUAGUACUGUUCGUCUGUAUCGUGAAGGUAACUGAAGGUAAUCCAUGCCAGAGCAAUCAGGGAACAGGAAAUAUUCCGAAUCCGGACGAUUGUACCAAAUACUACCUCUGCGUAGAUGAACAUGCCUUCCCGAUGCAGUGCAGCGAUGGUUUGAUCUUCGAUAUGAUCACCAACGCCUGCAACCGAGAAGCGGACUCCGUGUGCAUUCAGGACAUCGGAACUCCUCCGACUGCGGCUCCAGCUCUACACCAAUAGCGAAGAUUCUUUGAAUGUUACGUCAACUUUAUAAACUCAAACAAAUUACUUUUAUUCAGU